GCCACCGGAGCCGCAGUGACAAAAACAACACGUGUCGGGAAUCCGUCGUGGAUUUUUGCCUUGUCGGGCUUGAUCAUUUUCAAAGAUUUUUUGCUGCAACUUUUCCUCACGAUUUCAAAUCAUUUUGAGGCAAGGGACCCGAUCAAUUGAAAGUUAAUAUGGCAGCACCUGGUGCUGAUCGGAAGGGCACUUUUAAAGUGCAGUAUCUGCAGAAAAUUGAGAAGGAAAUUCAGGAGAAAUGGGAGGUCGAGAAAAUCAACGAGGAAAACGCUCCAGACAAACCCAAGAAGAACAACGACGAGAAGUUCUUUGUUACUUUCCCUUAUCCAUACAUGAACGGUCGCUUGCAUCUGGGGCACACUUUUUCCAUGUCAAAAUGCGAGUUUGCAGUUCGAUUCCAAAGAAUGCUCGGCAAAAAGGUCCUCUUUCCGUUCGGUCUGCACUGCACUGGAAUGCCUAUCAAGGCCUGUGCUGACAAGCUCAAGCGAGAGAUGGAGACUUACGGUUGCCCUCCAGUUUUCCCAACCGGAGAAGCGGUCGUCGAGGUUGCCGACACCUCUUCGGAGCCCGUUAUCAAGGACAAAAGUAAGGGCAAGAAGAGCAAGGUGCUUGCCAAGGCUGGAACUGCAAAAUUCCAGUGGCAAAUCAUGCAGAGUUUAGGGCUCCAGGAUGACGAGAUCAAGAAGUUUGCUGAUCCUCUUCAUUGGCUGGAGUAUUUUCCUCCUUUGGCAGUCAGUGACUUGAAGUCCAUUGGCAUCCAUGUCGACUGGCGGAGAAGUUUCAUCACCACAGAUGCAAAUCCAUACUAUGAUUCAUUUGUGAGAUGGCAAUUCAUUCGGCUGAAGGAGAAGGGAAAAAUUCAAUACGGAAAACGAUACACUAUUUUUUCUCCUCGUGAUGGACAGCCUUGUAUGGACCACGAUCGCAGCUCUGGAGAAGGCGUUGGUCCUCAGGAGUACACUUUGAUCAAGAUGAAAGUCCAAGAACCUUACCCUGAGAAGCUCAAGUCUCUAUCAAAAUUCCCAAUCUUCUUGGUUGCUGCAACUCUUCGUCCAGAAACCAUGUACGGCCAAACAAAUUGCUGGGUGCGCCCCGACAUGAAGUACAUCGCUAGCCUUACCAAAGGUGGAGAAGUCCUCGUUAGCACUGAGAGGGCUGCCCGCAAUAUGGCAUACCAAGGAUUCUUUGACAAAGAUGGUGAAAUAAAUGUCAAACUACAGCUAAUUGGACAGGACAUCCUUGGAGUGGCUCUUUCGGCUCCUUUGACAUCUCUGCCAAAGAUUUUUGCCUUGCCAAUGUUGACUAUCAAGGAAGACAAAGGCACCGGUAUUGUAACGAGCGUUCCUUCCGAUUCACCAGAUGAUUAUGCAGCUCUCCAAGAUUUGAAGAAAAAACAGCCUUUGAGGGAGAAGUAUGGUAUCAAGGAUGACAUGGUUCUGCCAUUUGAGCCUAUUCCUAUCAUUGAUGUACCAGAUUUUGGCACACUGAGUGCAGUGGCUGUGUAUGAGCAGCUGAAAAUUCAGAGCCAAAAUGACAAAGAAAAACUUCAAACUGCCAAGGAGAUGGUUUACUUGAAAGGAUUCUAUGAUGGGGUUAUGAUCAUCGGUGAGUUCAAAGGACAAAAAGUCCAAGAUAUCAAGAAACUGUUGCAGAAGAAACUUGUUGACAACAAUGAAGCAUUCAUUUACAUGGAGCCAGAAAAAUUGAUCAUGUCAAGGUCUGGAGAGGAGUGCGUAGUGGCGCUUUGCAACCAGUGGUACUUGAACUAUGGAGAGGAAACAUGGAAGGCACAGGCCCUUAAAGCUUUGGAAGGUGUUAAUACGUACCAUGAUGAAGUGAGGCGAAACUUCCAGUUCACACUCAAUUGGCUGCACGAAUACGCCUGCUCAAGGACAUAUGGCCUUGGUACAAAGCUACCUUGGGACGAGCAGUGGCUCAUUGAGUCUCUCUCUGACUCUACAAUUUAUAUGGCCUAUUAUACAGUAGCCCACUUUCUGCAGGGAGGCACUUUCACUGGAAAAGAGGGCAACCAAUACAAUAUCAAGCCUGACCAAAUGACACCUGAGAUUUGGGACUACAUCUUUUUCAAGAAGGCAAAGAAGCCAAAAACGACCAUCCCUUCAGGCACUCUAGAUGCAAUGAAAAAAGAGUUUGAAUACUGGUACCCACUGGAUCUGCGUUGCUCUGGCAAAGAUUUGAUUCAAAACCACUUGACCUACUUGAUUUACAACCACUGCGCAAUGUGGUCCGACGAUGAGAGCAAAUGGCCUAAAGGAAUCCGAGCCAAUGGCCAUCUUCUGCUGAACUCUUCCAAAAUGUCCAAAUCAGAGGGAAAUUUCCUUACUUUGGCUGACGCAGUUCAAAAGUUCUCUGCCGAUGGCAUGAGACUUUGUCUUGCCGAUUCUGGUGACUCUGUGGAGGAUGCAAACUUUGUGGAGAGUACUGCUGAUGCAGGAAUUCUUCGCCUCUUCACAUUCAUUGAAUGGGUGAAAGAGGUGCUGGAGAGCAAGGCAUCCUUUAGAACAGGGAAGGCAGAUACUUUUAACGACCUGGUAUUUGCUAGUGAAAUGAACUUGAAGAUUGCAGAAACAAGAGACCAUUUCCAGAACAUGCUGUUUAAAGAAGCCCUUCGCACAGGCUUCUUUGAACUGCAAGCCGCCAGGGACAAGUAUAGGGAGUUGAGUCAUGAUGGAAUGCACUCGGAUUUGAUAUUGCGAUUCAUUGAAGUGCAGGCUCUCCUCCUCUGUCCCAUUUGCCCGCAUGUUGCAGAACAUGUGUGGCAGCUUUUGGGAAAGAAAUCCAGCAUUGUAAAAGAAAGGUGGCCAGCAGAAGGCUCUGUAGAUCUAGCAAAAGUGAAAGCAUCAACGUAUUUGAUGGACACUGCUCAUGCAUUCCGAUUGCACUUGAAGAACUACAUGCAUCAACUUCAAAAGCCGAGGAAAGGAGCAGCACCUGUUGAAUCUGUCGAGAAGCCUACGAAAGGAGUUGUGUGGGUUGCAAAGAGCUACCCUCCAUGGCAAAGCGCGGUGCUGACAACCAUGAAAAAGUUGCACCAAGUAAGGCUCGAUUUAACUUGCAAAAAAUUAUUAUAUUUUUUUACUCUACAGGAGCACAAAGGUCUUCCCGACAACAAAGUUGUGUCAAGCGCUUUAGGUGCCCUUCCAGAGCUGAAGAAGUACAUGAAACGGGUAAUGCCCUUUGCACAAGUAGCACGGGAAAAAUUGGAGAAGAUUGGAGUGAAAGCUUUUGACCUCACCCUUGACUUCAGUGAAAUUGAGGUCAUCUCUACACAUCAAGUCUACCUGGCCAAUACCCUUGAUCUAGAAGGAAUUGAAGUCCAUUACACUGACAAUGCACCUGAUAAGAUCAAAGAAGACUGUUGUCCAGGUCAGCCAUUCAUCACUUUUUCUGUUGAUCCUUAUGUCAGCGUAGAAGCAAUAAAUCCAGUGCCUCAAAAUGGCCUGUUCAUCGAACAUCUUAAAAUCAUGCAAGGUGACACUGUCGGCAAAUUAGCUGCUAGGCUAAGCAAGUUGUGUAGGGGCAUUAAAGAACCUGGACAAGUGCAGUUUUGGCGAUACGAAGACCCAGAACUUGGCCCUAGAAAGAUGCCGGAGUUUGGAAAACCUUUUGCUGGAAAGGUGAAAAUUGAUCCCAACUCCAUUUUUAAGAUCAACGAGGAAACUAAGGAAGUUACUGUAUCUUCCGGCAAGAUCACAAAUGUGUUGGGAAAUCACCUUAUUUAUACAGCCGAUUAAAUAAAAUAUUAUCAGAAUUUUUAC